AUGGCAGAGUGGAAGUUCAGACCUGAAAGCAACAGCCCGGUGAUGUGGGCUAGCAAAGGGAAGCUGCUGGUACUGACGGCAGCCACGGAGGAGACGGAAGGGUACCAGCGCUUCCUACGAACAACCAAAUACUUCAACUACACGGUCAAGACUCUUGGCCUAGGGGAGGACUGGAAGGGAGGGGAUGUUGCCCGGACGGUUGGCGGAGGGCAGAAAGUCCGCUGGCUGAAGGCAGAAAUGAAGAAGUAUGUCAAUGAGGAAGACCUGAUAGUCAUGUUUGUGGACAGCUAUGACGUGAUCCUGGCCGGCGGCCCCGUCGAACUUCUGCAGAAGUUCCAGCAGUUCGACAGCAACUUGGUCUUCUCGGCGGAAAGCUUCUGCUGGCCGGAGUGGUCGCUGGCGGAAAAGUACCCCCCAGUGGCUGUGGGAAACCGGUUUCUCAACUCCGGAGGAUUCAUUGGCUAUGCUUCCGUCAUCAAUCGCGUUGUCCAGCUAUGGAAGUACAAGGAUGACGACGACGACCAGCUCUUCUACACGCGUAUUUACUUGGAUCCUGCCUUGCGGGAGAAAUAUGGGAUCACCCUGGAUCACAAGUCAAAAAUCUUUCAGAACCUGAAUGGCGCCAUUGAGGAAGUCGUUCUGAAGUUCGAACCGAUCCGGGUGCGUGCCCGAAAUGUCGCCUACGACACCCUACCUGUUGUCAUCCAUGGCAAUGGCCCUACCAAGCUGCAGCUGAACUACCUGGGGAAUUACAUCCCCAAUGUCUGGACAUACGAGGGGGGUUGUGAAGUGUGUGACCAAGGACUCCUGGACCUGUCAAGCUUGGCGGACGACUCCUAUCCCCACGUGCUCAUUGGCGUGUUCAUCGAGCAGCCGACUCCCUUCCUGCCUGAGUUCCUUCAGCGUCUCCUGACCUUUGAUUACCCUUACUCUCGCCUCAGCCUCUUCAUCCACAACCGGGAGGUGUAUCACGAGCAGCACAUCCAGGCCGAGUGGGAGCACCUUCAGGGGGCCUUCGACAGCAUCAAGCUCGUGGGUCCAGAGGAGGAAAUGAGUGAGGGCGAGGCCAGAGAUAUGGCCAUGGACCUCUGCCGCCAGGACCUUGCCUGUGGCUAUUACUUCAGCCUGGAUGCCGACGUGGUCGUGGUGAACCCCGAGAUCCUGCAGAUUCUCAUCCAGGAUAACAAGAAGGUGAUCGCUCCCAUGAUGUCCCGGCAUGGAAAGCUCUGGUCCAAUUUCUGGGGGGCCCUGAGCCCCGAAGGAUACUACGCCCGCUCGGAGGACUACGUGGAACUGGUGCAGGGCAAGAGGAUAGGUGUGUGGAACGUCCCUUACAUCUCCCAGGCUUACUUGCUGAGGGGGGAGACGUUACGCAGCGAGCUGGUCCAGCAGCACGUCUUCACUUUGGACGACAUGGACCCGGAUAUGGCUUUCUGCAAGAGUGUGCGGGAAAAGGGUAUCUUCCUUCACAUCAGCAACCGGGACGAGUUCGGGCGUCUCCUUUCCACCGCCAGCUUCAACACAUCCCGUCUGCAUCCGGACCUCUGGCAGAUCAUGGAGAACCCCCUGGACUGGCAGGAGAAAUACAUCCAUGAGAAUUACUCACAAGUGCUGGAGGGGGAAAGCCACAUGCAGCCGUGCCCUGACGUUUACUGGUUCCCAGUGUUCACCGACCAGAUGUGUGAUGAGCUGGUGGAAGAGGCUGAAAACUUUGGCCAGUGGUCGGGGGGGAAGCACGAGGACACCAGACUGGCUGGCGGCUACGAGAACGUCCCGACUGUCGAUAUCCACAUGAAUCAAAUUGGCUUUGAGAAGGAGUGGCUCCGGUUCCUACAAGAAUACAUCGCGCCCGUCACAGAGAAGCUCUAUCCUGGCUACUACACCAAGGCUCGGGCAAUCAUGAACUUCAUGGUCCGGUACCGACCUGAUGAGCAACCCUUCCUCCGUCCACAUCACGAUUCAUCCACUUUCACCAUCAAUAUUGCUCUCAACCAUAAAGGAGUGGACUAUCAGGGCGGAGGCUGCCGGUUUAUCCGCUACAACUGCACUGUGGAAUCCCCCCGCAAGGGCUGGAGCUUGAUGCACCCCGGACGCCUCACUCACUACCACGAAGGACUGCCCACGACCAGUGGCACCCGCUACAUCAUGGUCUCUUUUGUGGACCCCUAACGCCCGUCCGGCCUCCUUUUUGGCCCUGGGGUGCAGAACGGGCCACCGCGGUCAAAGCACUGAAAACCAAAGACUUGUGGGGGGCAGAAGAGGUCUCCUCGCUCGCCCCACUGCCACUUUCCAUAGUGCCUUCGGAAGGGAGAGAGAGACACGGGAACCCACCUGCCCAGCACAGACAGACCCAGCCCUGCCUCGUGCAGAACUUAGGUCACCACUAGGGUCUGGAGCCAUCGCUGCCUUCUGCCUGCCCAGCCGUGGUAUGAACCAGGCAGACUUGCACCACAAUCCAAACUGGUUUAGGCUGGUUGCUUCUCUUCUGUGGACCCACAACAACCACUUCUCUUAACAGGGAUCCCGCCCUGGAGAUUUGCCUCUGUGGCCCAGGCACGAGGUUCCUCAAGCCUGCAGUCUUCCAGCUGGCCCAAGGUCACCCAGCAAGCUCUGUGGUAGAGAUUUGAACCUGGGCCCCCCAGCUUCCUUAUGCGCACGUUGUAGCACCUCUCUUUGUUUUAGGGAACUGAAGAAGGGCAAGAGAGCAUGUGAGAAUCACGAGUUCUAAUACCCAUUGGCAGACCGGACAGGCCCCUGAUCUUACAGGGCCUGAAAGAGGGCUGUAGGUAGAAGCCCAAGACUUCUGGAGACAGUAAAAACUAUUAUUCCCAUUUGCCUACCAAUGCUCACUUGACUGGCAGGCCGAAACUGGGGGGGGAUCAUCUUGGAGAGAAAAAUAGAGAAAGAGGGCCUUGUCUAUUUACUUGAAGUUCUGCCCACAGAGUUCCUGGUGAUUCCUAGAGCUACCCAGAAGUGUACAACGAGGCCUUGUCUACUUACAGGAAGUUCUGACCAUAGAGUUCAUGAUAAUUCCUAGUAACACUGGGUAGUUCUAGGAAUAGCCAGGAACUCUAUGGUCAGAGCUUCCUGUAAGUAGAUGAGA